AUGGCUUGGGACCGAAAGAUGGAGGAGGCUGAAUCACUCCAUGGAGUUCGGAGAGCUCGAAAACGAUACCCUGGGGUGCGGCAGCGGCCGUCAGGGCGAUGGGUGGCAGAGAUAAAAGACACAAUUCAAGAGAUUAGAGUGUGGUUGGGGACUUAUGAUACAGCUGGGGAAGCCGCAAGAGCUUAUGACGAAGCAGCUUGCUUGCUUCGUGGAGCUAAUACUCGAACAAAAAUUUCUGGCCUUGCUCCCCAUCUUCUCGUUCAAAUUAUACCACAGAAGAUCAUAGGAACACAUGGCGCAUUUGAAGUAGAUGAUAACUGGAGUAAUGUUGAUGGCAAUGGUCAAAGUGGACAGCAAGAAGGGAGAGGAGAAGAAGAGAUUGAUAUGAGGCUGUUUGAUUUUCAAUUUGAUGAUGCAUUAGAAUCAUCUUGCUACCAUCCUCCAUUUGACAUAGCACAGGAGAUGAUGGAGCCAAUGGAGCAGGAACAUAACGGGGACGAGCCACCAAAUGUUAGGAGAGAUCAUGAAAGCAUGAACGCAAGUUCACGGCUUCUCUUUAUGCCUAUAAUGGGAAUCAACAGUAAUAACAACGAAGAGGAAGAGAAAAGGGAUGGAAAGGGAAAAUAUGUCGAAGAGGAGGUCCAAGAAGUCGUUGGGAUUCCACAUGCACCAACAGCAAGGUCGUCUUCUUCUCCCUCUUCAUUGAGCAAGGAAGGGAUCAAUAAUGAAUCAAAUUCUAAUUCUAGUUCAGCCGUGCUUGAGGCGCCAGGUUUGCUAACCCUCUUGGAUUAUUGA